AUGUUGCUCCGGCUGCGUUGUUGCCUUUGGGACGUUACAAAAGUGAAGACGGUCGCGGGCAUGACAAUGUCCGAUCAUACAGGUUUUAGCAAGCCGUAUUUCAUCGUUACGUGGGUGGAGCUGGGAAUUUCGAUCAUUUUCUUGAGUGUCAGGUGCUACACAGCCUUUAAGAUUCUCCACCGUGUCGGGACUGAUUUGUACCUGGCACUGGCCACAUUUGCCCUCGGUAUCGGAAGCACGUCGAUGAUCGCGGCAGGAGCAGCCAAUGGCCUUGGAGUUUCGGAGGUAUAUCUGACCUUGGAGGAGCGGCGCUAUGCGCUGUUAUUCGGCUGGAUCAACCAACUUUUGGCACUACUAGCGAUUGGUUUGGGCAAAAUUACCAUUGUUCUCUUUUUGGAGCAGAUCCAAGGAUACCGGACGCAUCUGAGAACCUUCACGCUGUGGUUCUUGGCUGGGAGCAACAUGGUCAUCAAUCUCAUUGUUGCCGUACUAGCGCUUGUUCAAUGUGAACCCCCUCGAAGGCUAUGGAAUGAAGAAAUUCCUGGUGUGUGUCCGGGGAAAAAGCGAGUGCAGAUUUUCGGAUACAUUCAGGGCGCCUGGUCAGCGUUUUGCGACUUUGCUCUCGCGCUAUACCCAAUGCUUCUUUUUGUGCGGGUGCGCGCCUUUUCGAUAGCGACACGAGUUGGUCUUUGUGGUUUGAUGGGCUGCGGCAUCGUGGGCCUGUGCAAUUGUCAAGACUAUACAGCUGUCAUACUUGACGAAGCCGGAAAACGCAACAAGACCGAAAUGUGGGUUGUCUUCAUUGUCAGCUGCAUUCCGCCGACCAAGGUAUUCUUCAAAAGGGCUUUCACUUUCGCCUUGAAGAAGAUUACAAAUGGAAGCACCCUCGUCCCAUUUGAUGAAUGCUCUCGGGGAGUAGCGCCCGACCUUUCGAUAUAG